AUGGAUUUAAUCCGAUCUCAGCAAAGAACUGGGUUUGGAAACUUUGUCAAAGCGGCUUCCAUUGUUCCCAUCAACGACCUGAAAGGAGCCAAAUCUGGCCGUUUUGCUGACAAGGAACAACUAGUGAGAUGCAAGCUGGCAUCCUGCUACCGCCUGGUCGACCUCUGUGGCUGGUCGCACAGCAUCUUUAACCACAUCACAGCACGGAUUGAAAAUGGGGGAGACGACCACUUCCUCAUCAACCCAUUUGGACUUCUGUAUAACGAGAUCACCGCCUCCUCCCUGCACAAGGUUGAUCUCACAGGCAGGAUCAUAGACCAGGGUACCUCAGAGUUUGGUGUCAACAAGGCAGGAUUCGUCCUCCACUCAAUAAUCUACCAGGCCCGCUCAGACAUCAACUUCAUCAUACAUGUCCACACAGCAGCAUCUGUGGCUGUGUCUGCCCUAAAGUGUGGCCUGCUGCCUCUAUGCCAGGAAGCCAUCAGAUGUGGGAAUGUCAGUUACCACGACUACCAAGGCAUGUACAUCGAAGACAAAAGUGAUUUAGUGACCAAUUUGGGACCAGUAAACAAG